GGUUGGAGGGGGAGUUAAUGAUUUACCAGAGGCUCAUUUCACAACUUGCCAAGGGUCAGCUUCCUGUGACCAUGUACAGGCUCGGUCCCCUCGGCCGCUGCCCGCCUGCCAGCGUUGAGCCGGAGGGUCCCCCAGGCAGAGUGCAGCAUGAUCUCCAUCACCGAGUGGCAGAAGAUUGGCGUGGGCAUCACCGGUUUCGGCAUCUUCUUCAUCCUCUUCGGGAUACUCCUGUACUUUGACUCGGUGCUCCUGGCCUUCGGAAACCUGCUGUUCCUGACGGGCCUGUCCUUCGUCAUCGGCCUGCAGAGGACGUUCACAUUCUUCUUCCAGCGGCACAAACUCAAGGGCACCAGUUUCUUCCUGGGGGGCGUGGUUAUCGUGCUGCUGCGCUGGCCGCUCCUGGGCAUGUGCCUGGAAACCUACGGAUUCUUUAGCCUGUUCAAGGGCUUUUUCCCCGUCGUCUUUGGCUUCCUGGGCAACGCUGCCAACAUCCCCCUCCUGAGUGUGCUGUUCCGCAGGCUUCAAGGCACCAGCUCAGUGGUCUGAACAACAGAGAUGAGCUCCUUGAACUUGGAUCCUUGGUGGAAGGGGCUGGAGGGAAAGUGGGGACCACCCCCGCACGGCGCUGACUCACUUCCCUGCACGUCGGACCGCCUCGAGCCCAGAAGCAAGGAUGGAGCUGAGUGGCCUCGAAUCCUCAAGCAGCUCGAGAGGCUGCCAGGACUGCUGGGAGGAGAGGCCCAGGCCCCAGGAAGACCAGACUGCGCUGACAUCACAGCCCCACCCUCUACUGAUGGGAGGGAAAGUGAAGAUUAAAUUCCCAAGCCGUGAGUGUG